ACCUCGUCGGGUUGGCGCAUGCGCGCGAGACGCGCAGGCGCGCGCCCCUUUCCGUUUUCUGAGUUUUCUGUGUCACCCCGAUUCCGCUGGUUUUUCUGGCUAUAGUUCGCCGGUUUUUCUGGCCUUAGUCCCCGCGUCCAGCAUGGAGCAGCUGGACGAACUGGAGCUGCUGAUGGAGAAGAGUUUUUGGGAGGAGGCGGAGCUGCCGGCGGAGCGAUUUCAGAAGAAAGCGGUAGCUUCGUUUCCCAGAACAGUUCUGAGCCGAGGAAUGGAUAACCGGUACCUGGUGUUGGCAGUCAGUACUGUACAGAACAAAGAGGGAAACUGUGAAAAGCACCUGGUCAUCACUGCUUCACAGUCACUAGAAAAUAAAGAACUUUGCAUCCUUAGGAAUGACUGGUGUUCUGUUCCAGUAGAGCCAGGAGAUAUCAUUCAUUUGGAGGGAGACUGCACAUCUGAUACUUGGAUAAUAGAUAAAGAUUUUGGGUAUUUGAUUCUGUAUCCAGACAUUCUGAUUUCUGGCACAAGCAUAGCCAGUAGUAUUCGAUGUAUGAGAAGAGCUGUCCUGAGUGAAACUUUUAGGAGCUCUGAUCCGCCACUCCGCCAUGUAAUUGGACGGUUCCAUGAGGUGUUCGAAAAGCAAUAAAAUAAUAGCUUUGCCCAGAAAAUGCUGUGCAAGACCUUGCUUUUCAAACGGAUUCAAGAGUAUUACAGACAUUUGAAGGAAAUGUACCGCUUAAAUCUAAGUCAAGAUGAAAUAAAACAAGAAGUAGAGGACUAUCUUCCUUCGUUUUGUAAAUGGGCAGGAGAUUUCAUGCAUAAAAACGCUUCGACUGACUUCCCUCAGAUGCAGCUCUCUCUGCCAAGUGAUAGUAGUAAGGAUAAUUCAACAUGUAACAUUGAAGUCGUGAAAUCAAUGGAUAUUGAAGAAAGCAUUUGGUCCCCUAGAUUUGGAUUGAAAGGCAAAAUAGAUGUUACAGUUGGUGUGAAAAUACAUCGAGGGUGUAAAACAAAAUACAAGAUAAUGCCGCUGGAACUUAAAACUGGCAAAGAAUCAAAUUCUAUUGAACACCGUAGUCAGGUUGUUCUGUACACUCUCCUAAGCCAAGAGAGAAGAGCUGAUCCAGAGGCUGGCUUACUUCUGUACCUCAAGACUGGUCAGAUGUACCCUGUGCCUGCCAACCAUCUAGAUAAAAGAGAAUUAUUAAAGCUAAGAAACCAGAUGGCAUUCUCAUUGUUUCACCGUAUUAGCAAAUCUGCUACUAGACAGAAGACACAGCUUGCUUCUUUGCCACAAAUAAUUGAGGAAGAGAAAACUUGUAAAUAUUGUUCACAAAUGGGCAACUGUGCUCUUUAUAGCAGAGCAGUUGAACAACAGAUGGAUGGUAGUUCAGUCCCAAUUGUGAUGCUGCCCAAAAUAGAAGAAGAAACCCAGCAUCUGAAGCAAACACACUUAGAAUAUUUCAGCCUUUGGUGUCUAAUGUUAACCCUGGAGUCACAAUCAAAGGAUAAUAAAAAGAAUCACCAAAAUAUCUGGCUAAUGCCUGCUUCGGAAAUGGAGAAGAGUGGCAGUUGCAUUGGACACCUGAUUAGAACCGAACAUGUAAAGACAAUUUGUGAUGGACAAUAUUUACAUAAUUUCCAACGUAAACAUGGUGCCAUACCAGUCACAAAUCUACUGGCAGGUGACAGAGUUAUUGUAAGUGGAGAAGAAAGGUCACUGUUUGCUUUGUCUAGAGGAUAUGUGAAGGAGAUUAACACGACAACAGUAACUUGUUUAUUAGACAGAAACUUGUCGGUCCUUCCAGAAUCAAUUUUGUUCAGAUUAGACCAGGAAGAAAAAAGUUGUGAUAUAGAGACCCCAUUAGGAAAUCUUUCUAAAUUGAUGGAAAACACAUUUGUCAGCAAAAAACUUCGAGAUUUAAUUAUUGACUUUCGUGAACCUCAGUUUACAUCCUACCUUAGUUCUGUUCUUCCACAUGAUGCAAAGGAUACAGUUGCCUGCAUUCUAAAGGGUUUGAAUAAGCCUCAGAGGCAAGCGAUGAAAAAGGUACUUCUUUCAAAAGACUACACACUCGUCGUGGGAAUGCCUGGGACAGGAAAAACAACUACGAUAUGUACUCUCGUAAGAAUUCUCUAUGCCUGUGGUUUUAGCGUUUUGUUGACCAGCUAUACACACUCUGCUGUUGACAAUAUUCUUUUGAAGUUAGCCAAGUUUAAAAUAGGAUUUUUGCGUUUGGGUCAGACUCAGAAGGUUCAUCCAGCUAUCCAGCAAUUUACAGAGCAAGAAAUUUGCAGAUCAAAGUCCAUUAAAUCCUUAGCUCUUCUAGAAGAACUCUACAAUAGUCAACUUAUAGUUGCAACAACAUGUAUGGGAAUAAACCAUCCAAUAUUCUCCCGUAAAAUUUUUGAUUUUUGUAUUGUGGAUGAAGCCUCUCAAAUCAGCCAACCAAUUUGUCUGGGCCCCCUUUUUUUUUCACGGAGAUUUGUGUUAGUGGGGGACCAUCAGCAGCUUCCUCCCCUGGUGCUAAACCGUGAAGCAAGAGCUCUUGGCAUGAGUGAAAGCUUAUUCAAGAGGCUGGAGCAGAGUAAGAAUGCUGUUGUACAGUUAACCGUGCAGUACAGAAUGAACAGUAAAAUUAUGUCCUUAAGUAAUAAACUGACCUAUGAGGGCAAGCUGGAGUGUGGAUCAGACAAAGUGGCCAAUGCAGUGAUAAACCUACCUCACUUUAAAGAGGUGAAACUGGACCUGGAAUUUUAUGCUGACUAUUCUGAUAAUCCUUGGCUGAUGGGAGUAUUUGAACCCAACAAUCCUGUUUGUUUUCUUAAUACAGACAAGGUUCCUGCACCAGAACAAGUUGAAAAAGGUGGUGUGAGCAAUAUAACAGAAGCCAAGGUCAUAGUUUUCCUAACCUCCAUUUUUAUUAAGGCUGGAUGCAGUCCCUCUGAUAUUGGUAUUAUUGCACCGUACAGGCAGCAGUUAAAGAUCAUCAAUGAUUUAUUGGCACAUUCUUCUAUUGGAAUGGUCGAAGUUAAUACAGUAGACAAAUACCAAGGAAGGGACAAAAGUAUUGUCCUAGUAUCUUUUGUUAGAAGUAAUAAGGAUGGAACUGUUGGUGAACUCUUGAAAGACUGGCGACGUCUUAAUGUUGCUAUAACCAGAGCCAAGCAUAAACUGAUUCUCCUGGGGUGCGUGCCCUCACUAAACUGCUAUCCUCCUUUGGAGAAGCUGCUUAAUCAUUUAAAUUCAGAAAAAUUAAUCAUUGAUCUUCCAUCAAGAGAACAUGGAAGUCUUUGCCACAUAUUGGGUGACUUUCAAAGAGAAUAAAACACUAUUUCCCUUGCCUUUUCAUACUAGGGCAGUAUCUCCUCUAGCUCGUGCCUAUACAGAAAAUUCUAUCACCAUACAAAAUUUCAUGCAGUAUUUAUGUUUUUAAGCACAGGUGUACCCAAAACUGUGAAAAGUCUAAAUUUAUGGGUUCUAUACAUGUAUUUUUGCCUGACCUAGAGAAAGAGUUUGAUAAAUUUUUACCAGCUUUGAAGAUGGAUUAACUUUUGACUUUGGGCUUUAAACUUUUAAGUCAGACAUUUCAGGACUAAUUUGAUUUUGUAGAUAUCAUUGUAAGAACUUUAUUUAAAAGACUUGAUAAAGGGAUUUGAUUUGUUUUCAUCAUUUAAGCACAGUCUUGUGAUGAUGAGAAUGUAAGUGUGAUUCUUUUCUGUAUUUUGAGGUCCCUAAUCCAAAGGCCAUUUUGCUAGGAUUUUUUCUGCUAUCAGAUGUGUUUUCACUCUAAACCUAGUCUUUUAUGACAUGAAUUGAUUACUUCCUGUUAAUUUUCUAUCCUCCCUUACUAUCCCCCUUUUUUGUUUUCAGUAUUCAGUAUUUCGGUAUUCUAGAGUGGAUUUUGAUAUAAAAGAAAAUAAUUCUUACAUCGUCUUUUGCAACAAAUACUGUUUUCUGAAUUGAUAACAAAUUUAAAAAGUAGAUUCCUAUUUUCACAUAUGUUCAUAUGCCCCUAUGUUUGGGGGCAUCACUCAGUUUUCCCUUUUUGUGUAAAGAUGUUUUGUAAAACAAAAUAGCCUCAAGAUGAUUAAUUAUUUAUAUGGGAACAGAUUUUAACCUUUAAGGUUAAAAUCUUGGGCUAACAGAUCUUCUGGGGGUUGGAAAUCUUCCAUUUCUCUUGAGGGUUUUUUUUUAAUGAAUGCUAAAUAUGUUAAAAUUUUUGUUUCUACCUCAUGUGUUUUUUUAAAUUAUUACUUGAAGUUUUUUAAUAAAUUUUUUUACUAAUGGA